AAAAGGUGCUGUUAAGGGUGGCUGGGGGUGGGGAAAGGGGGGCUGUGGCUGAAGUUGGCAGUCAGUGUUGUGAAGAUGGAAGAACGUCAACUUGAUAAGCCCCCAGAUGAAAGGUUGAAGAUGAGGCUCCACAUGUGGUUCCAAUGCGAGUUGGGGUCAAAGUAGGAGACAUGUCCCUUCAGGAUACCAUUCUGUGUGAUGGCCUAAUGGACGCCUUUUAUAACAACCACAUGGGUGUAACAGCUGAGAACGUGGCGAUGCAGUGGCAUGUGAGUCGAGAGGAGCAGGACAAGUUUGCUGUACAGUCCCAGAACCGAACUGAGGCAGCACAGAAAGCUGGCUAUUUUGAAAAAGAAAUUGUUCCUGUCUCCGUCCCUUCCAGGAGAGGUCUUCCAAACUAUUUGGCACUCAACCAGUGACUGAAGACCUUGCUG